GUCUCUGCUCUCUCCUCAGUGGGAACCCAGCAUUAAUCUGCUAGAGGCCUUUGUGGAGCACUGGAAGGGCAUCACUCACUACUACAUCGAAAGCACAGAUGAGAACACCCCGGUCAAGAAAACAGACAUUCCCUGGCGGCUGAAGCAGAUGCUGGACAUCCUGGUGUACGAGGAGAAGCAGCAGGCGGCCGCUGGUGAGGCCGGGCCUUGCCUGGAGUACCUGCUGCAGCACAAGAUCCUGGAGACCCUGUGCACGCUGGGCAAGGCCGAGUACCCCCCCGGCAUGCGGCAACAAGUGUUCCAAUUCUUCAGCAAAGUUCUGGCCCAGGUGCAGCACCCCCUCCUGCAUUACCUCAACGUCCACAGGCCCGUGCAGAAACUUCUCCGGCUGGGUGGGACCGUCCCUGGGUCCCUUACAGAAAAGGAAGAGGUUCAGUUCACCACCGUCCUCUGCUCCAAGAUCCAGCAGGACCCAGCCCUGCUCACCUAUAUCCUGGAAGGUAAAAAGAUGAUCGCUAAUAAGAAGGCACCCAGAUACCCCGUCCCCCCGCCUAAAGAGACAGCCAGCCACGAGGCCGCUCCUAACAGGGAGCCGGGGGAGGCGAGGGCCGGGGCUGCACACCCCCCACAGCCCAAGGAGGCCGAGGAGCCAGACGGUGGGAUUGGAGAGAGCAACCUGAUUACCUCCCUGGCCGGGCUGUGCAAGAGCAAGAAAAGCCGAGUGGCCUUGAAGGCCCAGGAGAACCUGUUGCUCCUGCUAAGUGUGGCCUCCCCGGCAGCUGCCACCUACCUAGUACAGAGCAGCCCCUGCUGCCUUGUGAUCACCGAGCACCUCUGCCAGCUGUACCACUCCAUGCCCACCUUCCUUGAUCCCGCAGACGUUGCCACCCUAGAGGGCAUCAGCUGGAGGGUGCCCACUGCCCCCUCUGAUGAGGCUUCCUUCCCUGGUAAAGAGGCCUUGGCUGCCUUCUUGGGCUGGUUUGACUACUGCGACCACCUCAUCCUGGAGGCACACCCGGUUGUCGCAGACGCCUUGGCAGAGGCUGUGGCCCAGCGGUUGUUUGUGGAAACCCUGCAGCCCCAGCUCUUGCACGUGUGUGAGCAGAGCAUCUUGACCUCCACCACCCUGUUGACCACCAUGCUGCGCCAGCUGCGCUCCCCUGCACUGCUGCAAGAGGUGGGGACUUUCCUCUUAGGUCCUGAGCCCUGGCCAGAGGCCCCUGAGGCCGGGCCGCACCCCCUGUGCACACAGCUCAUUGGGCACUGUGACCACCUCUCAGACGAGAUCAGCAUCGCCACCCUGCGGCUGUUCGAGGAGUUGCUUCAGAAGCCCUGCGAGUGGGUCGUCCACAGCCUGGUCCUGCAACACCUGCAGGGCCGCCCCUACGUGGCCCAGGGCUCCACCGAGCCCGAGAACGACGAGGAUGCCCUGGAGCUGGAGGAAGACCCUUACUUCACUGAUGGCUUCCUCGAUUCCGGCCUUCAGCCCUCCAAGCCUCCCCCUGCCCGGACCACCAAUUCAGACGGAAAAACGGCAGUGACCGAGAUUGUCAACAGUUUCCUCUGCCUGGUUCCUGAGGAAGCCAAGACCUCAGCCUUCCUGGAAGAGACGGGCUAUGACACCUACGUCCAUGACGCGUUUGGACUGUUCCAGGAGUGCAGCUCCCGAGUGGCCCCCUGGGGAUGGCCUCUGGGGCCAGCCCCCCUGGACCCCCAUGAGCCCGAGCGGCCGUUCUUCGAGGGUCCCUUCCUAAAAGUGCUCUUUGACCGGAUGUCUCGCAUUCUGGAUCAGCCAUACAGCCUGAACCUGCAGGUGACCUCAGUCCUGUCCCGGCUCGCCCUCUUCCCCCAUCCCCAUAUCCACGAGUACCUCCUGGAUCCCUACAUCAACCUGGCCCCGGGCUGCAGGAGCCUGUUCUCUGUGCUGGUCAGGGUGAUCGGAGACUUGAUGCAGAGAAUUCAGAGGGUAUCCCAGUUCCCAGGCAAGCUGCUCCUGGUGCGAAAGCAGCUAAUGGGCCAGGUCCCUGGGGAACAGCUGGACCACCUGAACCUCCUUCAAGGGGUGGUGGUCCUUGAGGAAUUCUGCAAGGAGCUGGCCGCCAUUGCCUUUGUCAAGUUCCCCCCCCAUGGGCCUCACCGGAACCUCUCCUCACCCCCAUCAGAACACGUCUGAGCCAGGAGGAUGGCGGGCAGGGAAGAUUCCUGUCUGCACUCCGCCCAAGAGCUGCCUCCUGCCCACCUGGCAGCCCGGCCACCCCUCUCUUCCCGGGUGUUGGGGACCAGGCUCACUCCCACUGGGUCUUGGGGACCUCGGCCGUGGCUCCUGGGUUAACUAAGACGACCUUGGCUUGUUGACCAGACUGAGCUAGGUUUCAGGGAGUGGCCCUCAGAGGCACCAGAUGCCACCGGAGCUAAAGAGAUGGCUUCCCAGGCUGGCUGGUGGCCUUGGGGCCUUCUCGGUGGAACUGGACACUGGCCAGAUGAGCAGUCAGGUCCAGACCUCACACUUUCUGGGCCUACCACCCUUUUAGCCAGGACUGCGAUGUGGGACUCAGUUCCAGGGGCGUGAACCUAGGCCUGAGAUGGGGGCCCGGGGGGGCCGUCCCUGUCACCUCAGGUACCACAGGAGCUGCUGACUUGGCCUUUUCCCCCUGCCUCCUCGACUGGAGCCCUGGGGAGGGGGCAGUGAAGGAGAGCAUGGGGAAGCCCCCUCGGCCUACUCUGCCCUGAAGACGAUUGCAAAAUCCCCAACCGCCUGAUGGCAAAUGCCCAAAGCGUGUUCCGCGCCCAGGCGGGGGCCGCUGCUAAUGAGCGCCUUGAUGCAACUGCGGCCAGGGCGGGAGAGGCCCGGGGAGAUGGCGAGCUGGGUGCCAGGCUCCAGCUCCAGCUGGUUUCUCCCUGGCGCCUUCUGAACCCGUCUCGGCAGGUCCAUGGCACCUGGGCAGAGGCUGAGAUGGCCGGCCAGCUGGCCAACCAGCCCAGGCCCUUAGCAUUGCGCCUGGCCUCCAGUAUUCUCCACAGAAGGGUCUCGUGGGGAGGCAAGGGUGCUCAGGGCACAGGAGGUCAGGAGCCCACCCUACCUAGAGGCCCCCAGGGCCCUGGUGGGGAGGGGCUGAGGUGCAGGCAGCCAGCUCCGGUGUUGUUCUCCCUGCGUGCCCUCCACGGCUGGGGCUGCCACCCCACCCACCCCAAUCUGUCUGGACCUGCAGGAGCACACAGGCGGCGCCAGGCAUUACCUCACAGCAGGACUGCAGUCGCUGGCGUGGCUCCUGGGCAAGGAGGAGCAGGCCAGAGCCCCUUGCGCUUCCUUUUCCUGCCCAGGCCGCUUCUAGCAGCAGGGCACAGGUUGCCAAGAGGUGACAUGAAAGAGGAGGAAACUCAAUGACCUCUACCUCUCCCGCAUUCCUCCGAGCCAGGGAGACCUCUGCGCAUGUGUGAGCGUGCGAGUGGGGUGUGGGGCGGGGGAGCUGAGCUGUGGGGGAGCUGUCCGGGACUCCCGGCCUCGGAAAAUGUCCAUGGGUCCGGGAGCCCCGGCCCACCCCUCAGUGCACUUUGGCAUUUGCAUGUUGUCUUCUGAGACAGUGCACCAAUAAACGGUGUGGUUGCGUGGA